AUGUUUGCAAAUUUUAAGGAACCAACAGACAGAUUGUUGGUGGGACAAAACUCUGAGUCAAAAUCUUCUACUAGAGAGUUGAAAGUAGCAUCUGAGGUUGUUAAAGAAGUUAAAAGGCUCAAAAAGAAGCUCGGGCAGUAUAUGAAGAACUGUAGUUCAUGUUCUCUGUUAAUGAUUUUCGAGGCCAAGAAACAAGUACAUAAGUACUUUGGACAAUCAAAACGUAUAAGGAUAGUUUUUAGUACUAGUUCUUCUACUACUACUACUAUUCAAGUCAAUGCAAGUGAUAGACUAAAGAUGAAAGUAGAAUCUUCUUCACCAUCUCAAAAUAGAAAGAAGAAGAAAGCUGAGAAAGCUGCUGCUGUUGCUUCCUCUUCACGAUCACAAAAUAGGAAGAAAGCUAGCUUUGUUGCUUCUUCAACAUCUCAGGAUAAGAAGAAAACUAGUGUUGCUGUUGCUGUUGCUGCUUCUGAUGAUGAUGGUUUUACUGACACUAUAAUUUCUUGGUCUCUUAAUGAUGUUUUCAAUCAUAGCCUUUUCACCAACAAGGUGGAAAAGCUUCCUGCAUCAUUUCAAUCAGUUGAGCAUUAUUUGAGGUCUUAUGUCAACCCUAUAUUGGAAGAAACUCGAGCAAAAUUGCACUCAAGUAUGGAAAUGAUACAUCGAGCACCUUUUGCUGAAGUAAAGUCUUUCGAAGAAGCUAAACCAAAUGGGAAAAAUAUAUACCAAGUUCGAGUUAAUUCUUGGAUAAACAACUUUAGUAAUGGUGGCAAGGAAUCUUACAAGACUUUUCCUGGUGACAUUUUUGUUCUAGCAAAUGGUAAACCAGCAAAUGUUAGUGAUUUACAAAGAGUAGGCAUGUCAUGGACUUUUCUAUCUCUGGUUGGUACCAAUGGGGGUGUAAAUACCACUCAGUUCAAAGUCAAGGCAUCAAAAGAGUUUAAGGAUGAGGCUCUGAAGCAAUCAUCAUCGCUCUAUGUCAUUUUCUUGGUGAAUGUAAUCUCUCACAUAAGAAUAUGGGAAGCAUUGCACAUGACACCCAAUCUUAAGAUGAUUCAUAAAGUUUUAUGCAAUGGUUCUGGGGUAAGCUUUCAAGACUUUUGAUGUAUUCUUCAUUUGUAUUAUAACAUUCCUUUAGUACAGUUCGUUUAAGAAAAGGUGUAAUUGGUGCUAAAAACUCUAACUCACUCUUUCUAAUGCUCAAACUUAGCUAAUAAUUCUAUUUAGCUCAAUAUUAUUCGAGUUAUUAGUCACAUUUCUCAUUCUACCCUUAAAAACACUACUUAGGAGUUUAGGGUAAAAAAAAAAAAAACUCCUCACUUUAAAUCAAUUUCUAACGCCAGCUACAUCGGAUAUGUCAUUCUUUACAACUCACUCGAAAAUGCAUUCUUAAUUCCUUUUAUGGAUAUGUCAUGAGUAAGGGAGUUUUAGCGAUUUUCUUUGUUUCCCAACUACAAAAUAUAUAUACUUUUUGCUAGUGAUUUUCUUGGUCUUAUACAAGAGCAAUAUGGUACUAUAUGGAAAUGGCUGGAGUGCUUACAUAAACUGGGGAGAAAAUUAUUCAGAAUGCUUGCAUAUUGGUUGAAAAGAUUGGAAAGCCACUUGAGUUAGAUGGUACAGAUGGUAUCUGGUGUGCAUUUCCUGGACUUUUCCAGAGAAUUUUACUUUCAAAACUAAGUAUGUAUAACUCUUAGUAUCAUCUUAGUAGUACAAAGGCCAUGAGUUUGAGCAAUUUUUGGGGUGCAUU